AUGACAGAAAUAGUGGAAGCAAUGGAGAGAGUUUUUGAUGAAGAAAAGAAGAAGAAUAGAGAAGAGCGGGAUGUUGUGUUGGAGGAGAAAGAGGAGAGCUUCCGUGAGCAUCACCAGAAGUUGAAGGCAGUCGAGAUGAAGGCAGAUGAGAGAAUCGACACAGUUAAACGAGAAUACGAGACACUCCUGAGUAGUGAGAAAGACGAUAAAAUCGUCCUGCGUGGUCAGGCUGGAAUACACAAGAAACACUAUGAGGAUUUGAAGAGGCAAAUGGCUUCCAGAGAAGAGAACUUGAACAGCUGCAUAUUGCAGGUUCAAAGGCAGCAGGAGAAGAUCGAGUCCUUGCUGAAAGAUCGCGCGUCGAAUACCAAAGAGAUGCAAGAGAGAGAAAAGACGAUUGAAGAUGAGGAGAGACGAAUGGACGAACUGAAGAGGCAGAAUCAAGAGUUAGAGAAGUUCAGAUUCGUACUCGAUUAUAAGAUGAAGGAAUUGAAGAACGAAGUCGAUCCUAAAUCGGCUGAAAUUGCAACGAUGAGGGCUCAGAUUAACCUCAUGGAUAAUGAAAUCGAAGGAUGCAUGCGACGAAACAAGACGCUGAGUUUGGAGGUUUCAGAGCUGAAUAUGAAACAGAGAGUGCGGCGGUUUGUCGUGGUUCUCGUAUGA